AUGGCCCGGCUUGUGACAUCGCCUGGAUUUGCUGGCUUUUGUGUCACCCUCCUGCUCGGCUUGGCCACCCAGCUUCCCCUGGCACAUGGCAAAGGGCGGUCGUUUUUGCACCUGACCCCCCAUGAAGAAGCUGAGUGCCCCGAUGCCUCUCUGGAAUCCUUCCUCAACAGCACCACGACCACCAUCCUCCUCCCCACCCUCUACUCUGUGGUGCUGCUCGUGGGGCUGCCUGCCAAUGCUCUGGCCUGCUGGGUCCUGGCCAAAAACUUCAGGAGAUGCUCCAGUAGCCUCUUCCUGCUCAACCUGGCUGCUGCUGACCUCCUCUUCAUCCUCCUCCUACCCUUCAAGAUCUCCUACCACCUCCUGGGUAACCACUGGCUCUUUGGGGACUACCUCUGCCGCACCAUGGUAGCGCUUUUCUAUGGGAACAUGUACACCUCCAUCCUCUUCCUCACCUGCAUCGGAGUGGAGCGCUAUGUCUCUGUGGCCCACCCAUUCCUCUGGAAGGGCUCCAUGGGGACGUGGGGCAGGGCAGGCAUCUGCGUGGCCAUCUGGCUGCUGGUGGGGCUGGGUGUGAGCCCGCUGCUAUUCUACCCACAGACAGAGCACAUCUCGAAGUUGAACAUCACAACGUGCCACGAUGUCCAAGGAAAGGACAAUUUCUUCCAGCACUAUUUCCUCUGCCUGGUGGGGCUGGGCUUCGGUGUGCCUUUUGUGCUCAUGAUCAUCUCUCACGGCUGCAUCCUGGCCCGGCUGCUGGGCAAGCAGAAUAACUACAGGCACGUAGUGCGCGUCCUGGUUGUGGUCCUGCUGGCCUUCCUCCUCUGCUUCACCCCCAGCAAUGUGCUGCUCCUCAUGCACUACCUGCGGCAGGACACGGGCUGCAACAACAUCACCUACAGCUGGUAUGCCCUGGCCUUGGCCUUCAGUGCUUUUAACAACUGCUUUGAUCCCUUCCUCUAUUUCUACGUCUCCAAAGAUUUUCGGGGCUGGAUCCGGGACGCUGGCUGCUGUCUCUGGGGGCUGGGGACAAAGGGGGAAUGGAAGAAGGCAGCCUUGCCCCUGCGGUCCAGCGAGCAGAGCCAGCUGUAG